AUGGCAGACCUGCCGCCAUCCGAGCAUGGCUCAGGCACUGCUCGAAAGGCACAACGCAACCCUGUCUUCCAGAUGAUGGGCAAGUUGCUCAGCAGAAUAAAGCUUCCGUCGCGCAAUUGGAUGAUCUUCUUGAGCGUGGUAGGAUCAUGGACGACUGCUCUUGCAUAUGAUCGAUAUUACAAACGACGCGCACAACGCAAAUGGGCCGAAUACGUUGCUCCUCUUGCUAAACAGGUCGACCCGUCAAAUACAAUGCCCCGGAAAAUCACUGUCAUCCUGGCUGCACCUCCCGGGGACAACUUACGAGAACCUCGUGAGCAUUUUCAUGAAUACAUCAAGCCUAUAUUGGUAGCGGGUGCUAUUGAUUGGGAUGUCAUUGAAGGGCGAAAAGAGGGUGAAGUGAGAGCGGGCCUAGCAGAGAAGAUCAGGAAAAUGAGGGAGCGGAACGGAGAACAGCGCUUCAAAGCUGGCGAUGAAGGCCCAGACUUGUUGGAAGCCCUCAUGGCAGUGCGUCAAGCUAUGGGCGUUCGAGAAUGGGAAGGAGUCCAAGGAGAUCUUGUGCUGGGCAGACAUACCUGGAAAGAGUACGUCAGGGGUCUUCACGAGGGUUGGCUGGGACCGGUCGAUCAGAUCGAUCAUUCUUUAGGACAACCGCCAAAGAAAGAAGCGUCAAUAGAAACUCCGGAUCAAGUAACCAAGAACCCAGAUUCCCAGGACGCUCAAGUCGAGCAACAUUCCACGUCUUCAGAAGCGAUCCUGGACGUACCGACUGAAGAGAAUCCUGAGACACCUCCCAAACCUGCUCCUAAACCCUCCCAUAUACCACCCUUCAUCGAGCCGUCAUCAUAUUUCUCUGCGAACCUAGCCCCUACAGCUCCUGCCGAAUUCUCUCCUUCAACCGUCCUCCCCUUACCUCACGUACUCGGCUUCCUCAACACUCCGAAACGAAUGUACCGCUUCCUUAACCGACGACACCUUGCUGAGUCUACAGGCUCUUCUGUUGCCGCUCUCGUACUUGCUGCUCACACUAGGCCAUAUCAGCUUGAAUACACGGAACAACAGCUUGUUGCGAAUGAGUCAGAAACCUCCACCGCACCUAGGACUACAACCAUCACAGAUUUUCCAGGCAAAAUGCUCUACAUAGAGCAAUAUGCACAGCAUCCGGCUGUGCAAGAAGACCGAAAGCGUGAAGCUGCUAAGCCAGCAGAGGUUCAUGACGAUCGGCUAGAAGGACUCGGCAAGAACCAAAGACCCUCUCACAACACUGAUUCCGUCAUCCCAAAUCUCGUCUGGGAACAAGAUUCCGUCCUCAAAGACGAAGAACCCGAGUGGCAUAAAAGCGCAUACCGGCCCAAAGUAGAAGGCGAGGAGCGGGAGCAGUUAUGGAGAGAAGACAUGGUGAUCGACCCUCGGAUUGACAGGCGGAUGAGUACAUUUGUGCUACCUGAAGGCGCAAGAGAGAAAGCGGAGGAGCUUGAGGGGCGCAGAAGGCAGAGCGAUGAUGGUUAUCUCGAGAAAGCAAGGAAGUGGGCGGGGUAUGAGCCUGGGGGGAAGAGGGGGUGGGAAAUGGGAUUUGAGGGAGACUCGGACAAGUAG